GGUCUCUUGGUCUAUCUUCAAGCGCUGCGUUCAACCAGUGUUGAAACUAGUGGGUAUCUUUCAACGGGAGCGACAGGUUGAACUACGAAGAAAAGCCUAAGAAACUAGCUAUUUUUCUUCAAAGGACCCCCCCAAAUUACAUGUUCGCCUCUUUUACCAUUGGAUCCAUAACACUGCGCGGGGCUGGAUUAAAUUGAAACCACUUUGUGUGUUUUUCCUUUUAAAAUUUCCUUUUGAAAACACCGAACAACGAUGGGUUCCCAAGCGUCCAAGGGAGAGGUAGUCGUGGAGGCGAAUGCUGCUGCCGCGGAUGUUGCUGCGGUCAAAACUAACGGACAGGUAUGGGACGCUCUCUCAUCCAUGGGCCACCAGACGACACACCUUUUACCCAACUAACUAAAAGUAGCUUAGCAAAGAUGUUCUGUGGUAUAAUGUUGCUAUUAAUUCAAAAACCGAGGUUGGUCUGUUUCGAUGAGAUUUUUGGAGGAUAAAUGUGCACCUUGCUUUGGUCAGAGGGGGUCAGUGCAAAAGUUAUCUUGUCACCCAGUGACGGCUAGCUAGCUACGUACACUAGAUUCAGACGCGGGAGGAUGAAACUGCCAACGUGCUGGCUGCUAAAGCCAUGAUCUGCUGUUUGAAAUAUAUAUAUAUUCGGAAAAAUGUAAAAUAACGUAGUUAAUCAGGGUUUGGACCGGGAGCAUAGGCAACCGGUAACUAACCUAGGUUCUAACUAUCCUGACUAGGCAGUUCCAAAGCCGUGUAUUUGAUACAAGUGCCAUAUCAAAUGCCAUGAGGGAGGGUUGAGAAGGCGAGGGCGCACGUAGACAAGCUAACCCUCAUGCAUAAAAUAUCAGAGGUAACGUUAAUUUGUGAAUUAUGGAUUCAAAAGCAGCGUUUUAACAGUGGAUGUCAAUCUAAUCACACCGAAUUUAUGCAGCCCAUCCAUGAUGGAUGAAGUUGCAGCCCCUCAGAACCGGCGAGUCUAGACAUGUCUCGAUCAGUGACUGUAAACGUUAUUUUAUAGACAAACAUGCAAAAUCGACAUAAAUCACAUCUUCACCUUGUGAAAUUUAAUGUACAGUUUUGUCAAUGCAUCAUCGGUUUCAUUAACAUUUUUAAUACAAUUUAUUGUUUUUUCAUCGACCGGUCCAAGUCUUUAUUGAGAGAGACCCCUGUCUGUGAUGUGGCACCGUCGCCGCCUGUCGUUUUCUGGUGGUACUACAAGGCGUCGCCUUUUGAGCGACACGGUGGUUAAUUGAUGAGCACGACUAAAUAUCGUUAUAUAUCUAAAUGUUUUGAUUGUUGUGUUUGAGUCACAGUGUAAAAAUCUAAUGUAAAUAGUAUUUUCUUUAUUGAUUGAAUUGUAUUUUUUUUUAGAACCAUCCUCUAAUUUAGUUCCUUCAUCUUUCCCUCCUUCCCUCCUAGGAGAAUGGCCAUGUAAAGUCCAACGGUGACAUCUCUGCCACAGACACGGCCGCCACCAACGGUUCCGCUGACGCCGCCGCCAAGGAGCCCGAGGCAGGCGCAGGAGGGGACGCCAUCGUGCCAGCGCCAGCCGCCGACAGGGAGGCCGCCAAACCGGAAGGUGAGGCCGCCGCCAAGGAUACCCCCAAAAAGAAGAAGAAGUUCUCCCUGAAGAAAUCAUUCAACUUCAAGGGCCUGAAACUGAAGAAGACCAAGAAGGAGGAGGUGAAGGAGGAGGCAGCCGCUCCCGCUGAGGAGAAACCACCGGAGAACGGAGCCGCUGUGGCCACGGAGGAGAAGAAAGAGGAGGAGGUGAAGGUGGAGGCUCCUGCUACAGAAGCCCCUAAGGCAGAGGAGGUGCAGGCUAAAGCAGAGGAGGUGAAGGAGGCUCCUAAGGAGGAGGUGAAGGUGGAG